AUGUCCGAAACAGCCACCGCCACGAGGCCACCCGCCAAACCUCUACGCAGGAGCUCGCCCGUUCGCUCCACCGCCAAACACCAUCUCGAGCCCAACCCUUUCGAGAAGUCGUUCAGCUCCGGACCCAAUUCUUCGGAAUCCAUCGAUCGUCGUCCCGACCUCAAAGGCGACACCAAAGCCAACCUUAGCACGCCUCCUCUUUCCACCAGACCAGGUGCCGCCUACCGCGACCGCACCUUUUCCAACUCCAAAAACCAGACCUCUCCGCAAGAAUCCGGCUCCACUCCCAAACCCCUCUUGCCUCCCGUCGCCUCCAUCACCUCGCCCGCCGGCGAGACCAAUGCAUACCCAUGGUCUGCCGGUCUGACCAGCUCGCUGAGGUCCGGUCCCCUCUCGCCCGCCAUGCUUGCCGGUCCUCAGAGCUCCCACUUUGACCCCAACUCGUUCCGCACCGGCUUCACCCCGGAUCUCUCCAACUUCAAGACGGGCCUCACCCCCCUUGGCGGUGGCAUGUCGUUCCCGCCGCCAUCGCCCAACACGGCCGCCUUCCUGGCUGCCAUGGUCAACAACACUUCCGGCGCCUCCACUUCGGUAGCCACCAUCACGCCCAACACGCUUUCUGCUUUGACCAACGCAGCAGCUGCCGCCACCAAUGGCGGAUCCAUGGAUCCUACGGCUGUUGCUGGUAAUGCGGGCGCUGCCCUGUCGACGCAACCCCAGAACUUUGCAGGCAAGCCUACGGAUGCGCACAACGCCUUUGACCUCGCCUUCAGCCGUUCCUUCCCCAACGAGCGCGCCGAUGCCAAGCACGCCGGCUCCAAGCUCAAAGCCGAACUCAAGUCGGGCGACUCGGAUCGAAGCCUCUCGCAGAGCAUCAGUCCACAGAUGGUGCAGAAGCAACUCGAGGGAGGCGCCAACGGUGAUCAGCAGAACGCCGUUUCGGGCCUCUUCCUCUUGAGUCGAGUACACCAGGAAAUGUCCAAGCGCGAUGGCGCCAAUCCCGCCUCGACUUCGCUGUACGAGUCCAAGCCAGCACCCUCAGCUGCGGGCAAGAAGGGUGCCAACGCCAAGAACAAGGCGGCGGCGGCAGCGGCAGAUGUUGCUGCCAAGCCCAACGGCAACAAGCGUAAGAAGUCAACCUCGACCGACGACAGCUUGGGGGCUGCACCCAUCUCGACGAAUGCACCCGCGGCCAAGGCGGCCAAGACUGCCAAAGGUGGCAAGAAGGGAGCUGCUGCUGCUGCUACGGCUGCAAACGCAGCUAAUGCGCAACCCAAGGAUGCAGCUCAAUAUGGCAACGGCGGCGGAUCGUUCAAGUCGGAAAACGGCGGCGACGACGACGAUCAGCAGUGGGACAGCGACGACGACAUGAAUGGCGACGGCAAGGGAAACACGGACGAGAAGCGCAAGAAUUUCCUGGAACGCAACCGACAAGCGGCGCUCAAGUGUCGUCAGCGUAAAAAGGCCUGGCUCGCCUCGCUGCAGGCCAAAGUCGAGUAUCUGCAGAACGACAACGAGAAUCUGCAGAACACGGUGGGUGCGCUGCGCAACGAGAACAUGUUCCUCAAGAGCCAACUGGUGCAGGCGACGGGAGGUGCGCCUUUGCCUGCCAUGCCCAUGGGCAUGCACAUGGGACUGCCCAUGGCGCCACCGCCUCACGGCGUGGAUCCACACCACUCGAUGGGACCGGCGCCGAUUGGCAUUCCAGCAAAUAUGGCGCCCCAUCCGGCGUACAUGCAUCCCGGAGCGUCAGGGCCGCCCAUGUCGCAGGGACCGGGCGGAGCCUAUGCUGCAGCGCACGCACCGCCUCGAGGAGGCGCGCCUGGGUUUGGCGAUCAGAUGCAACAGCAGCAGCAGCAGCAACGAAAACAAGGCGGACGACCUCGUUCGGAAGGGGAUGUCUUGGCGCCAACUGCGGGAGAUCAGCCCAUGAACGGCGGCAUGAAGCACGAACGAGAGUGGAGUGCUGCUUCUGCUGAUGGAGCUAGGAGUGGCGGCAGCGCGAGUGGCGCAACUGCUACCAUCAAGGUGUGA